UAUUCUGGUUCAUACCACGCCCAUCGUUWAGACUACAUAGUGAAAGAGACUCGCUCCCUUCAUAACUUUUGAACAUUUGAGUUUCUUUACUAUCUCUCCGUGCGCUCUUCUUGAGAUGUUGGCUACCAUAAAGAACAUUUCCGUAACCUACGACGGUGUAGGCAAAAGCUUUAGCAGCGGCGACUUCAUUUCGGGGCGAAUAACGUUGGAAUUAGGAAAAGAUUGCAAAAUAGAUUAUCUUUCCAUAAAAGCGAAGGGUAAAUCAGAGGUCCGUUGGACAGAACGUCAUAAUAACACAACUGUAAUUUACCAUUCCAAGGACAAGAUGUUCAGCAUUGAACAAUUUAUCAUUCGAGAACAAAAAGGCCAAGAUUGUAAUGUCGUUGCUCCUGGAACUCACGUUUACCCAUUCACAAUUCAGAUCCCUCAGCAAGCAAUGCCAUCAUCCUUUAAAGGCGCCUGGGGGAAAAUCCUGUAUACGUUAGAGGCCAAGUUGAGCAGAUCAAUGAGGAUAUCCAGCAAAGCCAGGGCUGAGUUCCCCUUUGUCUCCAAGGCAGACCUGGGCAGCAUCCCUGAGCUGAUGAUACCUCAGCAUGGAACCAAGGUUAAAAARAUGAAGUUUUUCACCUCAGGAAAAGUGGGAAUGGACAUUCACAUAGAGAGAAUGGGCUACUACYUAGGUGAAGACCUAAACGUUGUGGUGUCCAUUGAGAAUAGCUCCUCUCGUGAGAUCAACAAGUACACCCUGUACCAGAAGGACAGCUUCUUUGCGAGGGGAAAAAGGAGGGUGUCCACUAAAGACAUCCUGAAAGAGCUGGGAGAGCCCAUCCCGCCAUCUGGGAAACUGAAAGUCACUAAAGUCCUUAAAAUCCACCAACACAUUGUUCCAUCCAUCUUCACCUGCAGUAAUAUUAAAUGCGAGUACAGGCUGAAGAUCGUCCUGGAUGUUCCCUACGCCAGAGACCCAGAAAUCAAAUUGCCACUGGUCAUCCUCCCUGCAACUCAAACGUCUGGACUGCAGCCGCCACCUUAUCUGACUUUGGGUUUGACUCGUCGGGAACGCAAACCAACCCGGAUGGAACAGCACACCACAAUUUCGACAGCCCCAGGAGCCUAUCCACCAACGGCCCCAGGAGCCUAUCCACCAACGGCCCCAGGAGCCUAUCCACCAACGGCCCCAGGAGCCUAUCCACCAACGGCCCCAGGAGCUUUUGCGCCUCCCCCAGCCUACGGAAUGUACCCAUCCCUGUCUGAUUUUGGUGGUAAAUCCGAGUGGGAGAAAAGAUGAGGGUAAAUGAUAACAAAUGAAUGCAUUGUAUAUGAUAAUGUGCAGUUUUCUAUCUCUGUAGACGUCCAUUUAUACUUCCAUACUUCUCUGUUGUUGAUGUUUCUUGUCAUUGACAUGACAACGUGUGUAACUUCAAUAUCUUUGUGGAAAUACCUACUAUGAAUAAUGAAAUGGAACAAAGCUCUGCUUAAGUGUGCCUUGUAUAAGUUGUCUAAAUAUGAAUAUUGCUGUUAAGAAUGUUACAAUGAAUGUUCUAUUUUCAUGGUGGUGCUGAUAAUCAAAUUUWAAAAAAUAUUUUCUUUAAAUAUAUAUAUAUGAUAAUAGUAAAAAUUGCUAUUUCCAAAUAAGUACAAGGAAAUAAAAAGCAGGGACGUCCACGACGAUAAUAGGCCACUGGUCCAUUUUUUUUAUGAUGAGAUACAUAAAACCAGGAACACCUUAUCAACUAAAUACCACACCAUAUGCAAAACAUAAACUUCAUAUAGGACUUUAACUUUUUAUUUUAUGGAGAAGAAUCACAGAGUUAUGCUGUCACAAGUAUUGGAAAAUUAAUCAGACGUGACUCAGAUGUGAUGUUUAAUGAUGACAUUGCAAAUAUUGUGGGCGUAGUCCUACUUAUUGUCCUCGCCUAUUGUAAAUAUAGACGACCUCCCUUACUAUGUUAUAUUAAAGACAGUUGUGAACCCUA